UGUGCUCAGGGGAGCAGAGAUUCGUGCCCCGGUUGUGCUCAGCUGUUCAGAACCGCACUCAGCUCGACAAGAUGUCUCUUCUUCACGAGAAACAAGUCCGUGUGCUGAAGCUGUUUGAGCGCCUCAGCGUUGCAGCUUCUGGAGAGCACAUCCCUGCUGACCAGAUUGACCCCCGUCUGAGUCGAGUAGGUAUCCUGCCCAACAGUGCCUUUUUCUCGUGCUUCUUGCCAGAGCAUCUGAAUGAAGCCAAGGAUCUCAUCGAAAUCUUCUACGGGGCCAAGGACUUCGAUGACUUCAUUCAUCUAGCUGAGCAAGCUCGCACCUUCGUGAACUCCACUUUGUUUGCUUUCGCUGCCGAAGUCGCCAUCUUGCAUCGUGCUGACAGCCGAGGCAUCAUUGUUCCACCAAUCCAGGAAAUCUUCGCUGAUAGGUUCGUUCCUGCUGACACACUCAUCAGAGCUUUCUCUAUCGCUACAACCAAGCCAUCCGGAGAUGAGAGUGACGUUAUCGUCGAUGUCCACGAAACUGGUAACAUUUUGGAUCCCGAAUACAAGCUUGCCUACUACAGAGAGGACAUUGGUGUGAAUGCCCAUCACUGGCAUUGGCAUGUUGUCUACCCAUCCGUGUAUGAUUCCGUUUUCUUCGGAAAGAAGAAGGACAGGACUGGAGAGCUUUUCUACUACAUGCAUCAACAGAUGUGUGCUAGAUACGAUUGCGAACGAUUGUCCAACGGUUUGACCCGAAUGGUUCCUUUCCACAACUUUGAAGAACCUUUGGAAGGUUAUGCAGCUCAUUUGACCCACAUUGCCAGUGGACGUCACUAUGCUCCUCGACCUGACGGUUUGGCUCUGCGCGAUUUGAGACAAGUCGAUGUCCAGGACAUGCAGAGGUGGACUGAACGAAUCUUGGAGGCCAUCCAUCUUGGCAAGGUUAUCGAUUCUCAAGGAAAUGAUAUUCCUUUGGAUGAAGAACAUGGCGCUGAUAUUCUGGGCUCCCUCAUUGAAUCCAACCUUGAGUCCAAGAACAGGCAAUUCUACGGCAAUUUGCACAACUGGGGACACGUCAUGAUGGCUUACAUUCAUGAUCCUGAUGGUCGAUUCAGGGAAACUCCAGGUGUUAUGACUGACACUGCUACCAGUCUUAGGGAUCCUAUUUUCUACCGAUUCCACAGAUUCAUUGACAACGUCUUCCAAGAAUACAAGAAAACACUUCCAGUAUAUUCUAAGGAUAAUCUGAACUUCCAAGACAUCCAGGUUACUGAAGUUAAGGUCAAUGCUAAGAUCCCCAAUGUCAUCCACACCUUCUUCAGGGAAGAUGAAUUGGAACUGAACCAUUGCAUGUACUUUGGAAGCCCAGGAUCCGUUAGGGCAAGAUAUCACCAUCUAGACCACGAAUCUUUCUCUUACAUCAUCACCAGUGUUAACAACAGCAAUGAAGAGAAGCAGGGAACAGUAAGAAUCUUCUUGGCUCCUAAAUAUGAUGAGUUGGGUAACAUUAUCCCAUUGGAUGACCAAAGGCGAUUGUACAUCGAAAUGGACAAAUUCCACGUUGACUUGCGUCCUGGCAAGAACACCAUUGUGAGGAGUUCCACUGAUUCCAGCGUUACUAUCUCUUCCACAUACACCUUCAAAGAACUGCUGCAUGGUGAAGAUUUUGACAACGACCGCUCUGAAUUCUGCAGCUGCGGCUGGCCCCAACACUUGCUUGUCCCCAAAGGAAACGACAAGGGAAUGACCUUCGAUUUGUUUGUUAUGAUCUCUGACGGAGAAAAGGAUAGGGUACCACCAAGCGGAAGCAGCAAGAAGCUCUGCAACGAUGCUCUCAGCUACUGCGGUGUCAUGGAUGAGAAAUACCCAGACAAGAGAGCCAUGGGUUAUCCAUUCGACCGCAAGAUCACAGCUGAAACCCACGCCGAAUUCCUCUCACCCAACAUGCGUGUUUCCAACAUCACUAUCCGAUUCCAAGAUUAAGAGUUAUGCAAGCUGCACUCAAAAACAAACUUAUUCAAUUAUCAAACUAUUUUUGGACUGACUUAUCAAAAAAGACAAGAAUCCUUUGUAAGAUUAUUUAAGAGACAAUAAAAAUGACCGACAGCUAAAGAAA